CAGGCUCCGACGCGUCGCGCGCCGAGUCCAUACAUAUUCCGCCAUCUUGAGUAGCCGCGCAUCCAUUCUCUUACACUAUGGCUCUGGUUGAGAACGCAGAAGCACUGCUUCGAGCUCCUAUCAAAGGCGCCGUCUUCUCUCAGAUUGAUCGUGUCCCUUCCUCGUAUAGACCGUCAAACAGAUUCGUACUCCCGAAAGGCGAGGACAGACAUUACCAACAACAGUAUGCGGACAUGUACUUUGUGCGAUUAGCACAACUGAAAAGGGAUGUUGAAAAAAUCGCCGCCGAAGAGUGGGCAGACUUCAAGCAAGGACUCACUCGUGGCAAGUUAGGUGACGAAACUCCUAGGAGAGUGGAAAGAGUCCUGGAUGUACGGCAAGGAGAGCUCUGCUGGGUGGUCGGCACUGUGUUCAUGGAGAUGACAUUGAAGCCAAAUGUAUUGGACGAUAUAUCGAAAGAGCACUGGAUAGCUGCACCACCACCCCGGGAAAAGUACAUAUCCCAGAUCGGCGGAGAGGAAAGGAUGCUGGAAGACGAAUCGGGACGUCUACGCAUGACAGGAGAGCUCCUCUCAUCCAACUUGGUUACUGGAACUAUCAUAGCAGCGUUAGGGAGCGAGAAUGCAGAUGGUUUAUUCGAAGUGAUCGAAACGAAGUACGCAGAUCUCCCAAGACAGCCAGACAGGUGGGAGGGUGAUGACGCGGCUCUAGCAGUCGCUGGCAAGAAAGUGAAGCAGCAACGCCCCAAAGCUGGUAAAGUCGCCAUCGUCAGUGGGCUUUCCAUGAGUGGAGAUGCAAAUGAUCCUUUGUUGCCUGAUCUUCUCCUGGAAUAUCUACUUGGGGAGUCAAUUAACGAAUCGGAACGGACCCAAGCAGCGAGCAUAUCAAGGCUUAUCAUAGCCGGGAAUUCAAUCGCCAACGCUUCGCCCAUCCCAUCUAGAGAAGACGUCGCGUCGAAGAAAGGCGUGAAGAAAUAUGGUUAUGAUGCCUCACGAUACAAUGCUUCACCCACGGAGUUCCUAGAUGAUUUCCUCGCAGCACUCUUACCGUCUCUUCCAGUGACUCUCAUCCCAGGAGCCACGGACCCCGCGAAUGUAGCAAUACCUCAACAACCACUCCAUGCCGCUCUGUUCCCACAAAGUCGAGCGUAUGCCUCCCCACCGGCCGAGAGCAACGCGCCCCCUGGAUGGCUCCAUAGUGUCACGAACCCUUGGGAAGGUGAUAUAGACGGUUAUCGUUUUCUAGGUACAGGCGGCCAGCCGAUAGACGAUCUCUUCAAAUAUGUCCCUGGUGAUGACAGGCUGGAGAUGAUGGAAAACCUCCUGAGGUGGAGGUGCAAUGCUCCUACUGCUCCUGAUACCUUGUGGUGCUACCCAUUUCAAGAUGAUGACCCGCUACUGAUUACCGAAUGUCCGCAUGUAUAUUUCGUUGGCAACCAGCCACGUCUCGAGACCACUGUCAUCGAAGGGCCAUUAGGCCAGCAAGUGACACUGAUCGCGGUUCCUAAAUUCAGAGAGACUGGGCAACUUGUCUUGCUAGAUAUGGAGAGUUUGCAAGUGGAAACAGUACAAUUUGAGAUAUUUUGCAAAGACCAUUAGCCCCAAACAGCCGCUCAUAGAUUUUGCCGCUCUCUAAUUACCUGGAUCUUGUUUGUACGACUCGGUAGCAUAGCGUAUGUGUUUACAUGUCACAGGAUAUCAGGAGUUUGGUCUUCAUAUGACAUGAUAUGAAUCGAAAAUCAAAUGGCCCGAAUAUUUGCAGGUAUCGGGCACAGAUCAACCACUGGUCUAACACCAAUAAGACUUGCUUGUGGCUAUGUUAAGAAUUAUGUCCUUACAUAUAAGAGACAUAGACUAAGUAUAUAGUUACCACCAUCGUAGUAGCAUUGCCCUACCG